UACAACAUAUUGUUGAGAUUUUUUUAUUGUAAAAAGUUUCCUUUGUUUAAUUGUUCUAUUGGAAAAUGUAUUUAGAUGUCUUGUUUUCGAUCCAAAUCAAUAAACAUAGUAAACAGCAUCAUCUUAGUUCAUUUAUUGAUUUACUAGACCUACUGUUGACCAAUAAUAACUUGUGUUUGGGUUGACAAAUCACUUAUAGUAUUAGGCCAAAAAAACAUGAACGAGAGCUAGAAAUAAAGUACGGAACAGAAUGAACAAGGAAUGAGGAGGAAGUUACACACAACUGUCUGGUCCACAAGGCUGAAUCUCAAAUUACUUCCUAUUCACCCAUGUAGUGCACUGAAUAGAGAAUAGGGUGCCAUUUGUCUCACAUCCCAAUAGUCUCCUUCUUAUUGGUGGAUAGAGCCUUGACACAUUCUAACACCUACGGCCAUCUUAUUGGUGGAUAGAGACUUGAAACAUCCUGUCACCAGCAGUGUUCCACAGACAGAGAACAGAGAAGUUCAGGAUUUAGACACAUCAAACCAACUACUGCUCAGUCAGAUAGAAAGGUAAUCAUACAGUAAGUCAAUACUGUAAGUAAAAGUAAGUUUGAAUCAUAGAUAUUACAAUAAGAGGUCAGACAGACUGAAUUAGUUAAUUCAUUGAUUGAUUGGCGUAAUCAUUGAUAUUCGGUACGGUUAGUUAAGAUGGCCGAGUACGUCAACAAACAGGUGAUUGAAUUGAAUGAAGUUAAUGAAGAAAACCGGAACAGAUUAACGAGGAGUGUGGAGACUGAGACCCAUCUCUCAGAUGGAAGAACAAGACUCUACAGGCUGGCUUCUGUGUGUUUUGGAGUGCUGUGUGUUCUACAAGUCACUCUCAACAUCUCCCUGAGACUGGCUUUCGCCGGCUCUAACGAAGAUAGGAACCAGUUAGAGGCCUGUUACAACACCCUGGCUACAGAAAGGGACAUGUUGAGUGGCAUGGUCAGUGUUCUGACCUAUGAUAAGGUGAUUCUGCAGAAGAGGCUCUCUGGGUGUGGUACUGGAAGAAGGGUGGAAGGGAGAUACAUGGCAGUUCCAACGAGGUGGCCUAUGUUGAGGUGUCCUAAAGGAUGGAGGAUGUUGGGAUCCAGCUGCUACUUCCUUUCUACUGAGAUGAAAACCUGGCAGGAGUGUUUUGAGAGAGGAGCAGACCUGGUGAUCAUAAACAGUGAAGAGGAAAAGAAGUUGUUGUACCAGCUGGAUGGUGAUGCAGAUCUCCUGGUCUGGAUUGGUCUGACUGACUCCGUUAAUGAGGGGACCUGGAAAUGGGUGGACGGCACACCACUGACCACAUCGUACUGGAAGAGUGGUAAGCCGGACUAUGGUGGUACCAACAACAAGGAUUGUGUCGAGGUCUACCAUCGGGACGUUUUGGCCAACUGGAACGAUGCACCCUGCAACCACAUGCUGCGCUGGAUCUGUGAGAAAUGACAGAAAUAGCUACACUACCCUUCAAAAGUUUAGGGUCACUUAGAAAUGUCCUUGUUUUUGAUAGAAAAUAAAAUGUUUUGUCUAUUAAAAUGAAAUAAAAUUGAUCAGUAAUACAGUGUAGGCAUUGUUAAUGUUGUAAAUGACUACUGUAGCUGGAAACGGCAGAUUUCUUAUGGAAUAUCUACAGUCGUGGCCAAAAGUUUUGAGUAUGACACAAAUGUUAAUUUUUAUAAAGUUUGCUGCUUCAGUGUCUUUAGAUAUUUUUCGUCAGAUGUUACUAUGGAAUACUGAAGUAUAAUCUCAAGCAUUUCAUAAGUGUCAAAGGCUUUUGUUGAAAAUUACAUGAAGUUGAUGCAAAGACUCAAUAUUGGCAGUGUUGACCUUUCUUAUUCAAGACCUCUGCAAUCCGCCCUGGCAUGCUGUCAAUUAACUUCUGGGCCGCAUCCUAACUGAUGGCAGCCCAUUCUUGCAUAAUCAAUGCUUGGAGUUUAUCAGAAUUUGU